CCAUCAGGCGGAGGAUCCCUCGUGACAACCUGCCCAGUGGAUCAUGGACCUUCACUGUGGCGACAUGAAGGAUAGACGAUAGAAGCCGUCUGGAGGUGACGACAUGGUUAUCGCCGAUAGAAACAACAGCACCCCUGUGCCUAAAAAGGAGCCGAAGAAGAGGAAGUCCCGCCCCCAUGGCCUCCCCUCUCCGGCUCUCUGCUGUGCCUGUGGUUUAUGCAUCAUGCUGGCGGGACUCAACAUCACCCUGGUGGGAGCGUUCGCCUUCAGCACGCUGGUGCCUUCUGCCAACCCCCCCAUCAUCAUCGGACCCGUCCUGCUGCUGGUGGCCUUCUCUUUCUUCGGGGCCUGCUGCGUGUGCAGCCGCCUGCCCCCUCCCCACAGCUCACGGGGGUCAAAGGUGGGCGGCAGGGGCACGGGGCUGAUGGGACACGGCGGGCUGUCCGGCGGGGCGACGUUCGAGAUCGAGACCAGCGAGCACACGCUGCAGGACACCACAGCUGUGCAGCUGAGCCCCACAUCCUCGCCUGGGUCCUCGAGGGCCCCCAGCCCUGAUAUGGAUCCUCUUGACGCGGCCCUGCCAGGACCAUGCAAGUUUUUCACCAUGGAGACCAACGGUCCCUCGUGCGUUUCUGCCACCGCAGCGUACUCAGCCUCGGCUGCAGCAGACGGGGAGGUGAGGCUCAACCUGCCACGUGAAGAAGCCACCGCCUAGCAGGCCAGAAAAAGCCAGAGUUCUUCAGUGUAAAUAUGCUUCUAAGCCCAGGGGAUGCUGGGAUAGAGUCUUGUCAGUGCCAUAUCCGGUUGUCAAGAGUAUUAUUUUGAUCGCUCUUACUGUGCACAAAGUUAAAUAGCA